AUGUCUCCCAAGGACUCCGUCCCCGUCGGCAACCCCGUCGACGACGGCGGUGAGAAGGGUGUGCCUGUCCCGAUUUCCGAUACCUCCACCGGCACCCUCGGCGGCGGCGGCCUCGGCGUCGACGGUGAAAUCCACAACACGUAUGCCGACGAGAAAUUCCUGACCCGCAACGGCCUCAACUUCGAGUCCUUCCAGUGCAAGCACUAUGGCCUCGGCCUUGUUGAGCUCGACCGUGCCAUGAAGGGUCGCCAUCUGCACAUGAUUGCCAUCGGUGGUUCAAUCGGUGCCGGUUUCUUCGUCGGUUCCGGUGGCGCCCUGUACGAUGGUGGCCCCGGUUCUCUCUUCGUCGACUUCCUCAUCAUUGGUGUCAUGAUUUUCAACACUGUCUUCGCUCUUGGUGAGAUGGCGACCAUGUUCCCCGUAUCUGGUGGCUUCUACACGUACUCGGCUCGCUUCAUCGACCCCUCGUGGGGUUUCGCCAUGGGUUGGAACUACGUCUUCCAGUGGGCAAUCACUCUUCCUCUCGAGCUGACCGUGUGUGCCAUCACCAUCGACUACUGGCCCAACGAUGUCCCCAUUGCCGUCUGGAUCACCAUCUUCCUCAUCUUCAUCGUCAUCAUUAGCAUGUUCGGUGCGCUGGGCUACGCCGAGGAGGAGUUCGUCUCGUCCAUCUUCAAGCUCUCGGCCACCGUCAUCUUCAUGAUUAUCGCCCUCGUCCUCGUCUGUGGUGGCGGCCCUUCGGACGGCCGGUACAACGAAUACUGGGGCGCCCGUUACUGGUACGAACCCGGUGCGUUCAAGAAUGGCUUCAAGGGCUUCUGCUCUGUCUUCGUCACCGCCGCCUUCUCCUUUGCCGGUACCGAGCUUGUCGGUCUUGCUGCCGCCGAGAGCAGGAACCCCGUCAAGUCACUUCCCGGUGCCAUCAAGCAGGUCUUCUGGCGUGUCACCCUCUUCUACAUCCUCGGUCUCUUCUUUGUUGGCCUGCUCGUCUCCUCCGAGGAUGAGUCCCUCCUGUCGGAGUCGUCCUUCGCUGAUGCCAAGGCCUCUCCCUUCGUCCUCGUCGGCAAGUAUGCCGGUCUCCAAGGCUUCGACCAUUUCAUGAACGUUGUCAUCCUCGUCUCGGUCGUCUCCAUCGGCGUGUCGGGUGUCUAUGGCGGUUCGCGUACCCUGACGGCCAUGGCCCAGAACGGCUAUGCCCCCAAGAUCUUCACCUACAUUGACCGCUCUGGCCGUCCUCUCACCUCGACCAUCCUCAUCUGCCUCUGCGGUUGCCUUGCCUACGUCAACACCACCGGCGACGGUGUCACCGUCUUCGAGUGGCUCCUUGCCCUCUCGGGUCUGUCCAGUCUCUUCACCUGGGGCUCCAUCUGCCUGGCCCACAUCCGCUUCCGUAAGGCCUGGGCUUACCACGGCCACAGUGUCGACGAGAUCCCCUUCCAGGCCAUCGGUGGUGUCUAUGGCUCGUGGCUCGGUCUCAUCCUCAACAUUCUCGUCCUCGCGGCCACUUUCUACACUGCUGUUGCUGCUCCCAUCGGCGAGUCGGGCCUGAACACGGCCGAGGGUUUCUUCCAGACCUACCUUGCCGCCUUUGUUGUCAUGUUCUUCUGGGCUAUAGGCUUCGCCUGGAAGCGUACCGGCUGGCUCCGUACCGCCCAGAUCGACGUCGAGUCGGACCGCCGCGAGCUUGACUGGGACUCGAUCAAUGCUUACCGCGCCGAGGUUGCCUCGUGGCCCAAGUGGAAGCGGAUUCUCAACAAGGUUUGGUAA